UCUUCGCCGCCAACUCGCUGCUCCACUUCUACGGAUCAUUCGGUUCACCCUCUCUCGCACGCAGGCUGUUCGAUGAAAUGCCGGUCAGGGACACCGUAUCUUUCAACACUCUGAUCGACUCAUAUGUCAAGUCCUUCUGUAUCGACGAUGCUUUCGCGGCAUUUGGUAUGAUGCUGGACAGAGGAUUCCGGUUGGAUAGGUGGACUGUCACAGCCUUGUCGGGCGCAUGUGCUGGACUGAUGGAUUUGAGGGCGGCCAAAGCGGUGCACGGAGUUGCCAGGAGAACGCUUGCCACGAAGGUGUUUCAUUCACAAGAGGUGGUGAUCGGGUUGGUGGACAUGUACUUGCAGUGCAGGGGGCUGGCACUUGCCAGGAAGGUGUUCGAUUUGGCAGGGGAGAAGGCCAGGGAUGUGAGGUUAUGGAGCAUGAUGGUGUCAGGGUAUGCAAGGUCCGGGGAUGUUGAAAUGGCUAGAAACUUAUUUGAAGAGAUGCCUAAGAAGGAUUUGGUCGCGUGGACGGCUCUCAUUGGUGGAUAUGUGCAGGCAGGCAGGUACAAGGAGGCAUUGGUGUUAUUUGAGGAGAUGGAGGAGGCAGGGUUUCAGGCGGAUCAAGUCACAGUAGCUACACUGAUUUCAGCUUCUGUUCAGUGUGGUACGAUCGAUGUGGCAAAGAGGCUUCAUCACCGUGUGAAGCAUAAUGGGCUGAUUAGCAGAGAUUCAAGGCUUGCUACAUGCUUUGUGGACAUGUAUGCAAAGCAUGGGUGCAUACAGACAGCUAUGGAUGUGUUUUGUGGUGUCAGUGACGAGUUUAAGACCGUGGAGUUGUUCAAUGCUAUGAUAAAUGGACUUGCUCAUGCCAGCUUUGGUGAGAAAGCCAUUACUCUUUUCGAUGAAAUGGGGUCACUUGGGCUCCAUCCUGAUAAGAUCACGUUUAUGGCAGUCCUGUGUGCGUGCAGCCGCAGUGGCUUGGUGUCACGAGGAUUUGAAAUAUUUGAUUCAAUGGUAGAUAAGUAUGGAGUCGAACAAGACGUUAAGCAUUAUGCUUGCAUGUCUGAAAUUCUUGCAAGAGAUGGACGACUUGAUGAUGCUUACCGUUUCAUCCAGAACAUGCCUUUCGAAGCAAAUAAGGUUGUGUGGUCAGCUCUUCUCAGAGCAUGUAGGAUCCAUGGAAAUAUUAAGAUUGGAAAACUUGCAGAAGGGAAACUUCUUCAGUUUGAUCCUAGCCGCAAGCCAGAAAACCUCCUCUUGUCUGACUUAUUUGCAAAUGGAAAGAGAAAAGAGAGGGCUGCAAGGGUGAGAAAGGCUAUAAAGCACAAACCUGAGCACAGGCAAACAAAAUGUAGCUAUAUAGAGUGGAAUGGUAAGCUUCACCAAUUUGGGACUACCACAGAUACUUCCCACCCUCAGGCCAAGGAAAUUAGUUUGAUCCUUGAAGAAAUGUCGAGGAAGUUGCGCAUUUUAGGACACAAUAUGAGUAGUAAGGGCGAGACUGCUAACCAUAGUGAGAUGGUUGCUCUAGCAUUUGGGUUGGUAAAUUUAGUCCAAGACCCUCAAACCCCAAUAAAAAUUGUCAGUAAGCGUCGGAUGGAUGUUUCUUGUCAUUCUUCAUUCAAGUAUCUGUCCAAGAUUUACAACAGAGAUAUUUGUGUGAAUGAUGGGAUCAGGCUUCAUAAAAUGAAACAAGGGUCAUGCUCUUGCAUGGACCACUGGUGAUGAUGUGGUAUAAGUAAGAUACUCACACUCUUCCCGGUGAACUGAAGUAUCAAGAAAGCUUAAGACAAGGUAUAAGUGAUCAUGGAAAAGGAACAACACAAGGACAAUGCGUCAAAAACUUGUGUUCUUAAGGUCAUCAUGCACUGCCAGUGCAAUGGUUGCAUCAAGAAGAUCAGUGAUGGGGUAAGAGAGAUCACCCUUUCAGAAGGCGUGGAGAGGGCUGAUCUGGUGGUAGAGACAGCAGAGGUGAUAGUUAUUGGCAGAAUGGACCCAGAGAAGCUCUGCUGUUUGUUGCAUGAGCUAACACAGAAGCAUGUCAAGAUAGAAACCCAAGCAACCGUGUCCGAAGAAGAUACUGCAGCAUCUCAGCAAACCAA